UGUAAAUGCUCUCGACCUCCGCUUUUCGAAUUCACACGUUUCGGCGUAGACAAUGCCAUAUUUCCAUCAAACAAGUAAGCCACACUCUUCACUACCGCACAACCCAUUCACACUAUACAUAAUGUUACCGCCAAUAACAGUUUACAAAUUUGCGCGCGUUUUGUGUGAUGACAUAACUGGCUGGAACACAAUAGGCUCUGGAACAUGAGGCGCCAUCAUUGGGUUCUUACUGAAACCUCGUGGGAUACACAACUUGGAGCCCGAAAGUGGUGGCCAUUUUGGAUGUCUGUGAACCCGAUUCUUGGUGUGUUCAUCGUUCGAAAUUAUCCGUAAACAUCCUCUUGUCGCAGAGGAUUAAAUCAAACAUGGAGAAUUCCUACGGAAUUGGUGUAGCUAAUCGUUACGCCUUAUUUCUUGAUGAAGCUGAAGAUCCUUUGGAAGUUUUGAAAGUUCAAGAACAAGAAAGGGAGGCUAAGAAAAAAACCAAACUUUCGGAGAAAGAAAAUAAGGGAAAACCUGAAACUAAAGGGAAGACUGCGCCAGGUGCUAGAAAAGGUAUCAAAGAAACACAGAAUGUGAAAACGCUCGAUUCUGGAAAGACGAGAGAAGAAAACAACAGGUCUAAGAGUACUCCUCGCCCAGCUGUGGAGAGAACUGAACGUAAUGUGAAGUUCGCUGGAGAGUCACGAGAAGAAAGGAACAAUAGGCGUAAUAGGGAAGACAAGCCUUUCCUUGCCGGUGGAGAUUUCGUUAGGGAACCCCGUGAAAAUAGGCCUGAUGGUGAGUUCCGUGGACGUGGGCGUGGUGGUAGUGGCAUCGGUGGGGGUGGUCGUGGAUUGGGCCGUGGCAGAGGUAUGAGAGGUGCUGGACGUGGAGGUUAUGACAACAGGGGCAAGAGGGAGUUUGAUCGACAGUCUGGAUCCGAUAAAACAGGAGUGAAGCCUGUUGAUAAACGUGAUGGAGCUGGAGCUCAUAAUUGGGGCACUCAUAGAGAUGACAUUGAGGAGCAGUUGAAUUCUCCAAGAUUGACAGAUGAUCAAGCUGAAUGGGGUGAGAAAGUUGAAAAUGAAGUUCCUCAUCCUGCAGAAACAACGGAAGUAAAGGAGUCAGAUGGAACUGAAGAUGAAAAUGCACAACCAGUGGAGGAAGAACCUCGUGAAUUGACUCUGGAUGAAUAUUAUGCUAUGCGCCGAGGUAGACAAAAGCCCACGUACAAUAUUAGGAAAGCCGGAGAAGGUGAAGACUUGACUCAAUGGAAAAAAAUGUAUGAAUUGAAGAAGAAAGAUGGUGAAGAGGAAGAGGAAGAAGAAGAGGAAUAUGAUGCAUCGGAGUAUCCUCAGCGUGUUGGUCGACAGAAACAUUUGCUUGAUAUUGAUAUUCAUUUUGCUGAUUCUCGACGUGGAAGCCGGGGCCGUGGUCGUGGUGGUCUCAGAGGCACAGGGCGUGGACGUGGUACUGGAGCUCCGCCUGGCAUGUCUCGUGGUCCUGGUGAAAACCGAAUUCCACUUCCUUCUCGUGGAUUCAGUGAGCGUCCCGAGCGUGAACCGUUUCAACGUAAUCCACGGCAGAGUGCUCCAAAAGUUGAUGAUGAGCACGAUUUUCCUUCUUUGGGUUAAAGAAGCACUGUUACAGGAUUCAUUGUUUUGAUGUCGUAAAUCCUAAUCCCCCUUCUGCCACUUCUUUGCAUAUUUUUAAUUGUUGGAGACGUUCUCCAAUUUACAUUCAUGGAAGUGGGUCUUCCAACACAAAUUUCCAAAAUGAAUCAUUAGGGAAGAAGUUUUGUUCACGUUCACGUGGUGAGUGUGUCUUUUCUAUCACUCAAUUCGUAUGUUACUCUUGUAUGUACAGCAAAAGCAGGUUAAUUGCAAACCUGUGUUCGAUCCCUAGUCAGUUCUCAAUGGAGAUGUUGUUUCCCUGAUUUUUUAAACAAAAUAAUCUAGCUGAUGGAAUUACAAGAGUAUUUAGUUUCAAAUUGUCCUGUGAUAAAAGUUUGUAUUUAUAAAUGUUAAAUUAUUACAGGCUAAGGUGAAGGAUUAAAAUAACACAAUCAUCUUUGUGACAUUCUAUAGUUCAGUGAACUUCACUAAUUCUAGACUCAGAAGUGCUAAGUGCGCUUAUGUGAUAAGUGAAGAGGUGUGUCAGAGAAUGUAUGACUGUAAUGUAUUGGAUACACCCACUAAAAUUAUUAAGGACUGGCUGUAGCCAUUACUUGAAUCUUUAAAUGGUGAAUGGCAGUAAUCAUCUGCAUUGAUCAGCAGAAUUUUGUUUGCUUUCAUUUCUUCAUGGAUUUUUCUCUCCCCUUUCCUUUCAAAGGAAAAUUUGUGAAAUGAUCUGUGGUGUGAAUGAGCCACUUUCACAUGAUCAUAGCACAUUACCUCCCCCUUCAUGGGAUAAUAUUUGGAAUAUUAUCAGCUGUGGUUUUCACUAUACCGUUCUCCAGUGAAUAUUUUAAUGAGAUGUAUAGUAUGAAUUCAUAAACCGUGCUGGUAUACAGAUAGUUUUUUGUCUAAAAAUUAGGGGCUACUGAAGAAGUGGCUACACCUCAAUGUAAAUAAUUUUUUAGUGUACAGCACUGACUUUGGUCAUCAAUUGUAGAGACUGAUGUCUCAUCAAGUGAUUUGCAUUUGAAUAGAACGUGAACAUAAUGCUUUAAUACUGCUCUUUAAUUUGUAUGAAUUCCAAGCAGUCAAACUUACUUUUUUAUAUUUGUUUGUUAAAUGCAAUGAACUGGGCAUGCUGUCCUAAAAAUAUGGCUUCCCUUAAAAUUGUUAUUUGCAUGUUAUGUGGUCAGCACAUAUUUCAAACUUAGGACAAGUAGGGGGCAAUUGUUAUGUGUAAGGUGUUCAAAGCUUCAGAAAUAUUAUCUUACCUGCUCAAUUGCAAAAUCCAUUAGUGGGGGGUGCCUUUUUCAUGGUUGUAUAUCCUCCAGGAUUUAAUUUUAAUGAACAAACUUCAAUCAAAUAUUCAUUGCAACAUAACUUACAGGUAUUCUGAUUCAUAGUAUAUUAGCUAAUGUUAUAUUGCACAGCUGUUACGAAUUUUCUGUGUUUUAACGUAAAAAUGUUAAUUUUCUUUUUGAGGAGGAGGAGGAAUGAGGAAGAAUAGUGAAGUUCAUUUUCUUGUUAUAAUCAAUGAAAAAUUCAAGUGCAAAAAUGUGACUGCUUCAUUCUCCUUAAUUUUCUGAAUGGGUUGUUUGUGUUUGAAAGGCAUAAUGUCACAAUUUUUUUUUUCUUUCUUUUUUGUCAGUCGAACAUCUUAGAAUAGGCAAUUGCUUUCCCUCUAUAUUUAUGAUAGUAGUGGUUUGGUUUUUUACAGAUAUUUGUAAGGUGCAUAAACUUGAGUGAACUGUAGUUUAUAUUUUUAAUUGCUAUUUAAGUAUUACAGGCACUGUUUGAAAUAUUGCGUUAAUAUACAUGAAGCUUAGUGUACAUUUACUUUUUCAUUAAUAUUUGCUCUUGAUGAAGAUUUUGUGGAAUUCUAUCAAUGUUGGUGGUUUUGGAUGCACUAAAAUGAAAAUGAAUAAUGGAAUACCAUAUUGUACACAUGUAGGAUAUCUUCUUAAAAGUUAAAUUAUUUUUGGGGGGUUUAUAGCCAACAAAGCAGUUCAAUGUUAUUUGUACUGAAAUAUCUGGCUUUCGAAAUUAUUUUGGCCUAUAUAAGAUCUUCCAUUCUUCAGUUUUCAUGUCAAAAGUAUGUUAAUUCACUAUAUCUAAAGUAUUUAAGAAUUUACUUCGUAUUCAUUGAGAGAUUAGUUCACUAAGUUACAAAUACUGCAUAUGCAUAUUAAGUUUUCAUUCAACGAUUACAAUCAGUCAUUAGUCAUCCAAGGAUCCAAAUAGACAUGCACCACAAUCACGUAUUUAGACUCCAGUGGGAAAGUAGAUGCUAUGUAUUCUACUUUUUAUGCCCUUCUGACCAGUAAUUGGUUUUGCCUCCUUGCUGCUUAUUGAUGGACAUUUAGCAAAAAACAAAUAUUAUGUUAUUUGAAAUUCUCUUGUUAGAUUGAAACGGUAUUGUAUUCAUGGUCCACAUUUGACUUGCUGAUGGGCAUGCAAGACCAUAUCAGUAGUAAAAUACUGGCAGUUUCUGGUAGUCAAUUUCUGAAAGAUUUGUUAGAUAUGUAGUAUGCUGAUGAGCAGACAAAUAACAAGUUUUAUGUUCUUCAUUCAAUGAAAUUUGAACUUCAGGGUGCCCAUGUUAACUGAUUCUUGUAGCAGGAGAGCAUUUGUGUUAAUUCUCUCUGUAAUUUGUUUGAUUGUUUACUGGUCAGCAAUAAAGAGGAGAAAAUUUAUCAGAAGUGAACCUUACUUUUUUGCACUUGUAUCGAUAUUGAGUGCAUGAAAAUGAUGUACAGAAUCAGUAAAUGGGAAUACUAGUAGGUUCCAUUUUUAAUUCACUUCUUGCCAAUUAGCCAAAGUUUUGAGUGGUUCACGAAAUGUGUGGUACUGAAUUAAAACUUUGUAUGUGGCUUGCAUGCAGUAUUUACAUAAUCUUCAUUUUCAUAACAGUAUACCAUUGAAAUACCCAUAUUGUCUAUACACGAUUUUUCAACCAUAUUUAUAAAGGACACUUCAUCUUUCAUGUUUUGUCAACAUUUCAUGUGGGAAGUUCAUCUUAAAAUAGAAUUUACGCAUGUUAAAAUGUGUGUACUGUGUUAUACUAUGGUUUAUGGAAGCAACUCGUCACUCCUCAAUACCUAGCUCACAGAAGCUCUCCAGUGAUGCAGCCAGUUGAAUGUUCCAUCUCCACGUUUUUUGUAAUAAUUCUUCAGCUGGAUGGCUUCUGGGUUUUGUAUAACUGGGGUCAUUGUACAUCUCCUAAAUCAUAAGAGAUCCAUAUUCUGUAAAUAUAUUCAGAUUAAUUUUUGCAUGUUAUCACAUUUGCCAAUGGUAAUGCUAUUGAUAGUUUCAGCUAUUCUAUACAUUUUGUUGAUUAUUGAAUAUAAUUUUUGCAUGACUAGUGUGUAAUUUCUCAGUUAUUUUGUAUGUUCGCGAAAAUGAUACAAUUUUUUGUUGUAAUAUUGGUCUAUUUCUAUGCAUUAGUCCAGUUAAUUGGUUGGACAGCAAAAAUUAGUGAUAAGUGCUUAGAAAGUGUGCACGCUGCAGUUGCAGUCCUAGAUGGUAUUGCAGCUAAUAAAUUUUGUGCACAGCAAGUGAGCAAGGAGGGUGGUUUCUGAAGCUAUGGGCAGGAUUGUCCAUUCUUGUUUCAUAAUGUUACUUUAAAUUUUCUGAAGAUUCGUCCAAAGUUAAUGUUUAAGUAUAAUGUUGACGUAGUGUACAUUUGAGUUUUCAUAACUUUUCCUUCAGCUAAAACCUGCAUUUAAGUUUAACUGUAAAUUGAAGUGUUGGUAGAGUUGCUCAUGUGUGGGCAUUCUUAAUAUUGUGAAUGAAACUUUUUCCUUUCUUGUACAAGGAAUGGUGUUUGCAGGUUUAUUUCUGAAGGGGUAUUGCUGUAGAAGUAUUCGCAGUUCUAUUCACGAAGAAGUGUUCUUAAAUCGUUAAAAGAACUAAAUCUUGUGAAUUGAAAGUGGAAUUAGUAUAAAGCAAAUUUUUGGUUUGCAUCGAGACAUUUUGUUAAAAAUUGUCAUAGAAUGAAAAAUAAAGGGAUUCACACAUCAUUUUUUUUCUUGUUUGCCUGUGGUUUUGUCCAGUGAAUUUUUGUUGCUUUCA